AUGGUUAGCAAGCUCGAGCAAAGCUGCUACGAAUUGCAGGAAUUGAUUGGCUACGUCGCUUUCUCGGCUCCCACGCGUCCUAUUGAUGCAGACAACCAGGUAUCUCGGAAUUUGCUCAUAAUCAUAAGUUUCGUCAAGAUGAAGCCUCUGCAAAAAGAAAACACAGAAUUUAUCAAGAUUAAUACAGGCUUCAUCUUGACGAAACUUAUGAUUAUGAGCAAAUUCCGAGAUACCUGGUUGUCUGCAUCCUGUGCAACCACGCAACCACCGCCCACCUGGCCCGCUCGUACAACCACCGCCCACCUGGCCCGCCCGUACAACCACCGCCCACCUGGCCAGCCCGUGCAACCACCGCCCACCUGGCCCGCCCGUACAACCACCGCCCACCUUUCCCGCCCGUGCAACCACACAACCACCGCCCACCUGACCCGCCCGUACAACCACACAACCACCGCCCACCUGGCCCGCCCGUACAACCACCGCCCACCUGGCCCGCCCGUACACCCACCGCCCACCUGGCCCGCCCGUGCAACCACCGACCACCUGGCCCGCCCGUACAACCACCGCCCACCGGCCCGCCCGUGCAAACCCCCGCCCACCUGGCCCGCCCCUACAACCCGCCCACCUGGCCCGCCCGUACGAACCAAAACAACCCCCCGCCCACCUGGCCCGCCCCCUGCAACCACCGACCACCUGGCCCGCCCCGUACAACCACCGCCCACCUGGCCCGCCCGUACAACCACCGCCCACCUGGCCCGCCCGUACAACCACCGCCCACCUGGCCGCCGUACAACCACCGCCCACCUGGCCCGCCCGUACAACCACCGCCCACCUGGCCCGCCCCACAACCACCGCCCACCUGGCCCGCCCGUGCAACCACCGACCACCUGGCCCGCCCGUGCAACCACCGCCCCCUGA